AUGCAGUUUACUGGAAGAGGGAGACGGAAGUUGUCAAGGCUGGCGGGCGAUGUACGAGGAGAUCUGUAUCCUCAUAGCCUUCAAUUCUACCUUCAACCUCCUACUGAAAAUAUCUCUCUCGUGGAAUUUGAAAAUUUUGCUGUUGAUAGACUUAAAUUGCUCAAAUCAGUUGAAAAUCUGGGUGUGAGUUAUGUGAAAAAUUCAUCAGAGUACAAGCAAAAACUGGAAGCAGAACUUCGAAGACUUAAAUUUCCAUACAGGGCAUUGGUUGAAGAUGAUUAUGAAGCCAGAAGAAAAGAUCAUAUUUCUCAUUUCAUACUGCGUCUUGCCUACUGCCAAUCGGAGGACCUCAGACGGUGGUUUAUCCAACAAGAAAUGGACCUCUUUCGCUACAGAUUCAAUCAAUUAAAUGACCAGUUGGUUGAAAAAUUCCUUGAAUAUGUUAAUUUGGCAUAUGAUGCAAUUGAUGUAACUGAAAAGACCAACAUUGCAGACAAGUUAGUAAAUUCGACUUCUGGCUUAAAUAUUACUAAAGUAGAAGAAAUGGUAUUCUAUAAGGUUCCUUUUUGUGAUUCUGUGGAUUUAGUUCGUGUAAGAAGAGUUUACUUCCAUGGUGGCUAUGCUUAUGUACCUCAUCAAGAUAUCAUUACCAUUGUCCUGAACAAUUACAGAACGAAGCUGUCAAGAGCCCUGGCACUAACAGCACGAACUUUGCCUGCUGUACAAGCUGAUGAGAGACUCCAACCUCUACUCGGUCACCUCAGUUAUGCAUAUGUUGGUCCAGAUUACAACAUUAAAAAGAAUACCGGGAAAAUUUCAUUAGAACAAAUUGAUGCUCUUUCAGUUAAAUCAUUUCCUCUCUGUAUGCGUCAGCUGCACAAAGCUCUGCAUGAUAAUCAUCAUCUCCGUCAUGGAGGCCGCAUGCAAUAUGGUUUGUUUCUAAAGGGAAUUGGUUUGACAUUAGAACAAGCUCUGCAGUUUUGGAAAUCUGAGUUUAUCAAAGGAAAAGUGGAUGCAGACAAGUUUGACAAAGGGUAUGCUUACAGCAUCCGGCAUAACUAUGGAAAAGAAGGAAAGCGAACUGAUUAUACUCCAUUCAGCUGCAUGAAAAUUAUCCUGUCCAAUCCACCAGGCCAAGGGGAUUAUCACGGGUGCCCAUUCCGCCACAGUGAUCCUGAGCUGCUGAAGCAGAAGCUACAGGCAUAUAAAAUUCCUUCCACUGGGAUCGUUCAGAUUUUGGACCUGGUGAAGGGUAUGCAUUACCAGUUGGCCUGUCAGAAAUACUUUGAACUGACACACAACGUCACUGAUAUUGGGUUUUCUUUGAACCAUCCAAAUCAGUAUUUUAUAGAGAGUCAACAGCUACUCAGUGGCAUCAAGGAAAACAAGAAAGAACAAAAGCAACUGGAAAACUCUCAGCCAAAGCACAGCAACCAGAAAAGUCUGAACACAGCUACUGCCACCACCUCCACCUCUUUAAAUCCCAUUGAAAAAAUGGAGCUGGAGGGACUGGAUGACUGCUUUACUGAAGAUUAAGGAGCAUAUUUCUCUCAUUUGCAACAUAUCUCUUCUGGCGUUUCCUGUCCUUUGAAGUUGCCCUGUUGUGAGAACGGGGAACAGUGUGGGGGUUUGUUGCAUUAAAGGGAAAUCUGUUAAAUAUAAUAGAGAAGCGCUUUGUGAUUGCACCCAGCCAAGUAACAGUUGCUUCACUUCUGAAGAGUAGGCACCCUUUAUGGCAUGGGAACUGCAAAGUCACUUGUAAGGUUGGUUUCUGUGGCAGUAUGUCACAUUUUUAGUUUUGG